GUUUCAUUUGACCUGGACAACAUUCAGAUCAAAUACAUUGAUGAGGAUAAUGAUGAGGUCUCUGUGAAUAGCAAAGAGGAAUAUGAAGAAGCUCUGAAGACUGCAGUUAAACAAGGAAAUCAACUUCAGAUGAAUGUGUAUGAAGAUAACUCUUCGCCAAAAGAAACUUCGUAUUCUUUGCAACUACAUGAAAAAACUGUGACAAAGAAGUUGGCACAUCAUAAAGAUGAGAAGAAACCUCUUUCAUGCCAUUCAAUGCUACCUCAGGGGUUACAGGAAGACUCAAAAAAUGAAAAGGAGCUGCCAGUUCAGCAAAAGUUAAGUCAUGCUAGAACAGGAAGAAAAAAUGAAAAUCCUCCAGAAUGGUUUACUAGCUACUUGGAAACAUUCAGGGAACAAGUAGUUAAGGAAACUGUUGAGAAACUGGAACAGAAGCUAUGUGAGAAGCUUGUUCAUCACAAUCAGCCUCCAGAUUUUUCUGAGAGCUCUAUUACAGCAGCAGCUCCAACUUCAGAGAGCCAAACAGCUAAUGGUGACCAGUGUGACUGGCUGAUCUCGUGCUGCAACUGCCAGGCCCGAAUUGUUGGAGUUCGCUACCAGUGCAGCCUUUGUCCAGCCUACAAUAUCUGCGAGCAGUGUGAAGCAGGAACAUAUGCACAUGAUCCUAAUCACGUUCUGUUAAAGCUGCGAAGACCUGUGCCAUGUAUUUCUGAGAACUACAGCCUUGCAGAGUUCUCGCCUCGCCUGCCCGCUACUCUGGAGCAAGUUAGGCUCCAGAAACAGAUGGACAAAAGAUUUCUGAAGGCAGAAAAGCAGAGAUUACGAGCAGAGAAGAAACAGCGAAAGGCAGAGGUCCGAGAGCUCAAAAAGCAGCUAAAAUUGCACAGGAAAAUUCAUCUGUGGAACUCUGUGCAUGUAUUGGAAACUAGUGGCUCACCGACUCAGAAAUCUGAGAGUCUCCAGCCUAAUGCCUUCCCGAGUCCUAGUCAAGCCUUCCCAGCAAUUGUCCCGACACUAAGUGCAGUAUUUGUGGAUGAGAAUUUGCCAGACGGGACUCACUUGCAACCAGGAACAAAGUUUAUCAAACACUGGCGAAUGAAAAAUACUGGCAACGUGGAAUGGAGCUCAGACACGAAGCUGAAACUUAUGUGGGGAAAUCUGACCUUGGCAUCGUCUGAAAAAAAGGAUGUGUUAGUGCCCUCCCUUCCAUCAGGACAAGUAGGAACUGUCUCAGUUGAGUUUGUAGCUCCUAAUAUAGAAGGAACUUACACCUCUCACUGGAGACUGUCCCACCGAGGGGAACAGUUUGGGCCCAGGAUCUGGUGCAGUAUUGUUGUGGAUCCCUCCCCAGCUACUGACUACCUAGAAAGCAAUUGGAAGGAUUCAGAAUCCUGUCAGAAGGAUAAAGCUUCUAGCACCAAACAGGAUGCUUCCUUGAAGACAGAAGCAGGUGCACAAGUGAGAGGUGAAAUAAUGGAGCAGGCUGAAAUACCUCUGACAACUAUUCCUUUAAAGAUCAAAAAUCUGCCAAGUGAGAGAGAAUUUUAUAUCCCAUCUGUUGAUCUUCUCACUGCACAGGAUUUGCUGUCCUUUGAGCUGUUGGACAUUAAUAUUGUGCAGGAAUUGGAGCGGGUGCCACACAAUACUCCUGUUGACAUGACUCCAUGUAUGUCCCCGUUGCCACAUGAUAGCCCCUUGCUGGAGAAACCUGGCUUAGGUCAGAUAGAGGAGGAGAAUGAGGGGAGCGGAUUUAAACCAGUACCUGGAGUGAUGGAAGCCUGCUCUCCUGAAGAUACUUUCACAGUAAAAGUGAAAGCUGAACAUCCAUUGAACCAGGAGGAAGGGGAGGAAGAUAUGAGUGGGACUCAGUUUGUCUGUGAAACUGUAAUUCGCUCUCUAACCCUGGAUGCUGCACCUGACCAUAAGCCCCCACAAAAGAAGAAAGUCCUCCAGAACUCUUCACUAACAUUGCAAGACACUUCCAGUUGCAAUGUGAUAAAUGAAGAAUCUCCUAGGAUAAAAACUAAUUCUACUUCCAGAAAGGAAACAAAGAUUCAUCAGUCAGAGGCAGUGACAGAAGAUGGCUGUGGGGACCUUGCACUGUCUGAGAGAGCAAACCCCUGUAGUGAUACCAGCAAUUAUGAUGAAGAGGAAGAUGAUGAUAAAGAUGAUGUUCAAAGUCAAGGCUCCUCUGCUUCAUCGGAGGAUUACAUCAUUAUUCUCCCUGAGUGCUUUGACACCAGUCGUCCUUUAGGGGAGUCUAUGUAUAGUUCUGCUCUUUCUCAGCCCGGUUUGGAAAAGACAGGAGAACCUGAAACAGGAGCAGAGAAUCCAGAAGGGGGGAGCCAGCCACAGAUCCACAGUUGCGGUGAUAUUUUGACAACCUCACAAACCCUGGCUGUAGUACCGCUGGCCCCAGAGAUGGCAGACACCUUACCCCAGACACAAAGGAAUCUUGCAUCUCUUCAGAAUCAUAUCUUUCAAGAACCAAAUGUAACAGCUUCAGAGAAUCUCUCUUCUGCUCCUCAUAAUCAAAUAAGAGAAGAGCCCAGUGGUGAAGACAGUGAUGGACCAGGAUCUUCUGGAUUUCUAACUAGUAAACAGAAGUGCUCAGAAUACCCAAGAUACUCUCAAGGAAGCAGCAUUGCAGGAGAAUUAGUGAAAGGAGCUUUGUCAGUUGCUGCUUCUGCCUACAAAGCAUUAUUUGCUGGACCACCCGUUACAGAGCAGGUAAAUCCUGCAGCUACAGAAGAGCACACAGCAACUCUUCUAUCCAGUCUGUGUGAGAUGGGAUUCUGUGACAGGCAGUUAAACCUGCGUCUGCUGAAGAAACACAACAAUAAUAUGGUUCAGGUGGUAACUGAAUUGCUUCAGAUCAGUAACAGCGACUGGUACAGCAGCAGGUGCUGA